AUGAAACAGCUGUCAGGGUUAGAAUUGGGCUGUAGAGAAUUCAAAUUAAAGAAAGUACAAUACAAGAGAAAGCAGUAUAUAAAGAAAAGCAAAGCAAAAGAUCACACUGGAAAUAGCAUUCCUGUCCAUGCACUUGGAACACAUUGCAGUUUAAAGAAACAUUUUGCCUUACCAUUCCAGAUUUACACAGAUGAAGCCACCUGGGAUUGUGUAGCAACUUGCUUCUUUAUUGACUGUGCCAACAAUAUUGUGGACUUUAUUGAGACCAUAUUUAAGAUUCUUAAGCCAGGAGGCUACUGGGUGAACCUUGGGCCUCUGCUGUACCAUUUUGCUGACCAGCCAGGAGAACGCUCUAUUGAACCCAGCUAUGAAGAAGUCAAAAACAUUCUAACAGGGGUUGGGUUUAAAAUUACUGUUGAAGAAACGGGGAUGCAUACAGCUUACACCCAAAAUGUGCGCUCGAUGCUAAAGUAUGAAUACGAUAGCGUCUUCUUUGUUGCCAUGAAACCUUAA